UUCUUUGCCAGGAUCCAGUGAGACGUCGAAACCCCACCCCAUGCUUUUCUAUCAUUGGACAAUAGGCGAAUCCGCCGUUCCUAUUGGCGUAAAGAACUCACCGUCUUUAAACGCACCAAGCGCUCCCAAAGCUAUUCUGUGUACUUGGAAGAUUAUCUUCAAAACAGUGGGUGGACCUAACCUACACUUAUAAAGGCUCUCGUGUCAUGGAACAUUAUCAGAAAGAGUGGAACUGAGGUCCAACAGAGAACCACCAUUGAAAAGUAUGAAGCUUGUGGUUUUUCUCACCCUGCUGUGUCUGCUGGUGGUCAAUGCUCAAGACCUCCAAGACCGCCAGUUUCAACCAUGUAAGAACAGAAACUACUGGAGUUGGUACAAAGUUGGCAGCUACUGCGUGAAGUUCUUCAACGAGCAUCUGGACUUCAAUACAGCUCGAAAGAGAUGCCAGGCGACAAACACACGUGGUGAGCUUCUGAGUGUCCACAGCCCAAAUUCCAACAAUCUGGUGAUCCGUUUGUCUCACAAUGGAUACUAUUCUUAUUCCUGGCUUGGCGGAUUCCUACAGGGGGCAAGCUGGGUUUGGACGGAUGGCACUCAGUUCGAUUACAGUAAUAUGGCGCGUGGUCCGGAUAGAAGUGGCCUGCAGUGUAUUGCUAUUAAAGGAAAUGGAUCCUGGGUCCCAAUGAGCUGUACAAGAGAGCUGCCCUUCUUCUGCGGGUUCCGGGACCAGUAGACGAACCAGAAGAACAGAAAACAAACUAAGUCUAGGCUUCUGCUUGCUUAUCAAUAUGUACGUUGACCAGAAAUCAGAAAUGAAAGACAAUAUUAUUGUAAUAGCACAGUAAGUACAGUGGGAAAGGCAAUUUUAUUCAAAUUAUGUUUGCAUUGCUAAGCUAAAUUCAAAGCAUAUUCAAAAAUAAUAAAAAAAUGCAUUUCAAACAA